UUCAAGGUUUCGUAGGCUUUGCGUGACACCAUCUGUGAAGAAGACGGGGCUGACUUGGGUAAGGGGAGACUGAGAUGGAGGUGCUGCAAAUACUUCACAUGAACCAAGGGAAUGGCGAGACUAGUUAUGCUCAAAACUCUAAAGUUCAGGGAAAAAUAUUAUCUAUAGCAAAGCCAAUCAUUGAUGAAGCUGUACAAAAAUUGUUGUGCUCAAAUAUAGCACCAAUUGGGAGCAUGGGAAUAGCCGAUUUGGGUUGCUCAUCUGGACCAAACGCCUUCCUAGUUAUAUCUGAGAUAAUUGAUGCCAUAUAUGCCACACAUAGCAGCUCAUCGUCAUCCACAGAGUUUAGAGUGUUUCUAAACGACCUCUUUAGCAACGACUUCAACACCAUUUUUAUGUCACUCCCGGCAUUCUACAACCAACUGAAGAAAGAAAAAGGUGACAGAUUCGAGUCUUUCUUUAUCUCCGCUGUGCCGGGCUCGUUUUACGGUAGAUUGUUUCCGGCCAAGAGUCUGCAUUUCGUGCACUCCUCUUCUAGUCUUCAUUGGCUCUCUCAGGUCCCUCCUGGCCUGGAUUGCCAGGCAGGUGGCAGAGCGUUGAACAAAGGAAAGAUUUACAUUUCUAAGACCAGCCCCCAAUGCGUUUUGGAUGCAUAUUCACUUCAAUUUCACAAGGACUUUUCGUUAUUUCUCAAGUCCCGAGCUGAAGAAAUAGUUGGUGGAGGACGAAUGGUAUUGUCACUCAUGGGCAGGUCGUCCUCUGACCCAUCAACUCAAGAGAGCUGCUACCAGUGGGAACUCCUAGCUCAUGCAUUAAUGAGCAUGGUUUUAGAGGGCCUCAUUGAAGAGGAAACGGUUGAUUCCUUCAACGCUCCAUACUAUGCCCCAAGUGAAGAGGAACUGAAAUUGGAGUUAGAAAAUGAAGGAUCAUUUACGGUGGACCGCCUUGAAGCCUUUGAAAUUGAUUGGGAUGGUGGUGCAGAGAUAUCUGUUGUAGCCAGUGGGCAGCGAGUGGCCAAGACCAUAAGAGCUGUGGUUGAGUCGAUGAUCGAAUCUCAUUUCGGAAAAGAUAUCAUGGAUGAUCUAUUUCGUCGGUACGCCGAGCUGGUCGUAGAUCACUUAUCAAAAUCUAGAACCAAGUACAUCAAUUUGGUUUUGUCGGUCAUUAGAAAGGACUGAGUUUUCUUUUCUUUUUCCGAUCACAAAUUAAAAAUCAGGUCUCAUUGUCAUUUUCUUAGGUUAUUGGUUUGCCUUUUCACCAAAAAGGAAAAAAAAUAGUAUGAUUGUUAGCUUCGGAUUAUCAUUUAUGUGAGCAAUCUAAAAUAUAUUUGGCCA